GCCUCUGAAGUUUUGUGCAUGCUGUUUUCAUUCCAGGCUUCAGCAAGAAAGCCUCUAUUUGAACUUGAUUGCCUUUGAGAAAGCUGCUCAGGCAUCUUCAUGGCCUCUAAAGAUGCACAGAACCAAAAGCCAAGAGGUCAGCCUGGCUUCCCUCCUGGAGCUCCAGACCCAGACCCAGGUCUUCACAGAGCUUCCUCCAACCCCAGAAGCCCAGUGCAGCAACCAGGUGUCCCAAAGUCAAGCAGUUUCCUGCCAACAGUCAGUCUCUCUCCUGGUCUAGAAUGUUUAAGCCAGCUGGACCUCAUAAUCAUACACCAACAGGUAGAAUUACUUGGGAUGAUACUUGGCACCCAGACCUCCAACAAAUAUGAAAUCAAAAACAGAUUGGGACAAAGAAUCUACUUUGCAGUGGAGGAAAACCACUGCUUCAAUCGCACUGUGUGCUCCACACUGCGAGCCUGCACCCUGAGGAUCACAGACAACUCUGGUCAAGAGGUGAUUACAGUGAACAGACCCUUGAGGUGUAAUAGCUGCUGGUGCCCCUGCUACCUACAAGAGUUAGAAAUCCAAGCCCCUCCUGGUACUACAGUUGGUUAUGUUUCACAAAAGUGGGACCCCUUUCAACCCAAAUUCACAAUUCAAAAUGCAAACAAAGAAGAUAUUUUGAAUAUUGUUGGUCCCUGUGCAACCUGUGGCUGUUUUGGUGAUGUGGAUUUUGAGGUGAAGACUAUUAAUGAAAAUCUUUCAAUUGGGAAAAUUUCCAAGUACUGGUCAGGAUUUGUAAAUGGAGUCUUCACAAAUGCCGACAACUUUGGUAUCCACAUUCCAGCAGAUCUUGACGUGACAGUCAAGGCUGCAAUGAUCGGUGCAUGUUUUCUCUUUGAUUUUAUGUUCUUUGAACACUCACUCACUAGAUUGUGA